GCCCAUGGUAACCGAGAGCCAAGCAAAGGCUGGACUCGGGUGCAUGGACACUCACGCUGGGCAGGGAUGGAAAUGUAACUUUGCCUGCUGCUAAAAAGACUAGUUUGCUUCAUGCUUCUCCACCAUGUCUGCUAAAGACGACCUGUCAUCAGGAGCCUCACCUCCUAGCCCUCCUGCAACUUCCGAAUACUCCACACUGAUCUCACCUUCUGAGGAAGAGAAUGCCAUAAUAGAGCCAGAGGAGGAGGGGUCUUCUGAAGAGGAGGAGAUUCUGGAGGAGGGAGAUACUCCGGAGGAGAAAGAGGAUCUGGAGGAGAAAGAAGAUCCAGAGGAGAAAGAGGAUCUGGAGGAGAAAGAGGAUCUGAAGGAGAAAGAGGAACUGAAGAAAAAAGAGGAUCCAGAGGAGGAAAGGGAUCUAGAGAAGAAAGAUUGUCUGGAGAAAGGUGACUAUCUAGAUGAGAAAACAUCUGAAAACAAAAAUGCUACCGAGGUGGACUUUGGAGGGACAGCUCCCAUCCCAGGGAUGCCGUGCUUCCUGCACUGCGGCGCUGCUCCUGCACUGGGCAGCACUGCCUUGACUUUUCUGUCUGGCAGUAGUGCCCUUGAGUUGAAACCACCGGCCAGUACUUCUCAGGGUUUCCGGACUGCUCCGUCUACCUCUGCUGCCCUUCCUUCCAAGCUGCAAUCUGCCGCAGAGUCUUCCAAGGGAACUUCCCCCUGCCGGACACCGUACUAUAUCUUCCUAAAAGAUCAGGCCAGUCAGACAGAAUGGGCCUACGAGAGCAAAUUAGCCUUGGAGCCUCUAACUCAAGGGGACUUUUGGGACGCCAUAAUGAACGAGCCUAUUGACAAGCAGCAAGCAGAAGACUGGGACGAACCCUUUUAUUUGAAUGGGAGCUAUCAGACUACGUUUCAAGAGAUAGUCAAGGAAAUAGCUUCUCGCUCUGAGCUGGAAGAGGAUAUUGACAUACCCCUGAGCAAGCUGUUGGAAGGUGAAAACAGAAGGAAGCUGGGAAUCUUGCUAAAGAACAAUUUGGAAAAAUACAAAGAAACAAUUGAAAGCUUUCUGAGAAGACGUGAAGGUCAGAAGUUGCCAGAGUUUACCUCCUUCACCUACCGUCUGUCCACUGAACUCAAGCCCAAGGAGCCAGAGGCCAAAGAUGUGGAAGAAGAUGUUCCAUCUGCUCCUCCUGAGCAGAAAUUUGAAGUCGACACAGAUUGGAUUCAGAAGAAGAUAAAGGCACAUCAAGGUGAUGGGGAACUUAUUCUCUACCCCAGUGGGAGUGUCUUCCAAGUUCUUUUUCCUAAUGCAACAGGCCAAAUACACUAUCCAUCAGGAAACCUGGCCAUGCUCAUCUCCUGCACAGAAGGCACAAAUAUCACAUACAUUGUUCUGGAAGACAGUUCAAACAAGAAGAUCCGUGCUAUCGUUCACAACUCUGGCCAUGCCACCUUCUAUGAUGAAAAUGGAGAUAUCUGGUUGAGCCUGAGUCGGAGCCUGGGUUACUACUUCCCCAAAGGCAAGCCCCAGAAGGCCUGGAACUGGUGGGACCUGAGCAUCCAUGUCCAUGCACCCCCGAUCAAGCACAUCUUCUUGGAACUCAACCAGCACAUCAAAGUGCAAAUAAAGAGUCAAGAUAAGAUCAUCUUGUGCUUCUCCACCCCCAAACAGAAGCGGAUUUACUUCAACCUGGGCACCAAGUACAAGUUUAUAGACUUAAAGGAGCUGUAUACCAUGAAGAAUAUAGCCAUCCUGGAGACAAAGCCUGGCCCAACAUCUUGUAAGAUUCACGCCCUUCUGGAAAAAAUCAGUAAGACCUUGAACCUCCUGACCCUCCCCGAGAUGGAAAACUUCACAAAGGAUGCUACGCUGGUGCUCAUGGACAUAAGCAAAAAAUUGGCAAAUUCUCAAUUCUGCUUUUAG